AUGAAAAACGUUAGUUGUUUGGAAUAUAAAAAGUUAUUGUACGAAGAGGAAACGACAAUAAGUUACUUUCAUCCCGACGCUCAAGGUGUACCUUUUAUUGAGGAUCAUUGCAAGACAGCAACAGGAUUUAUUGUGGGCGGUGAAAAUGCCCAGCCCAAGGAAUUUCCAUUUGCUGCACGCUUGGGAAGUGCUGAGUCAUUGACGAAUAUCAAUUGGCUUUGUGGUGGAACAAUUAUUAGUAGCAAUUAUAUUCUGACUGCCGCUCAUUGUUUCCAUUCGCCACUCGGCAAGGUGAAUCUUGUACGUUUGGGUGAAUUAGAUUUCAAUUCAAAUACAGACGAUGCUCAACCCGAAGAUUAUUAUAUUCUGCGAAUUAUAGAGCAUCCCGAAUAUCGCAUGAAUGAACCAUACAAUGAUAUUGGCUUGAUACAAUUAACAUCAAAUAUAAAAUUCAAUGCAUAUAAACAUCCGGCAUGUUUACCACCAUUGCGUUUAAUCGAAGAACAACAAAGUUCAUUUAUAGCCAUUGGAUGGGGACAUGUUGCAUUUGCUGGUGAACCAUCUUCACAUUUAAAAAAAGUUGCAUUGCAACCAUACUCACACGAGAAAUGUGCUAGUUUAGUCCAACGUUCCGAAGGUUUGGAAUCAUUGCCGCCAAGCUUACGCGAUUCUCUUUUAUGUGCCGGAUCCAAAGAAAUGAAAGAUACUUGUCAAGGUGAUUCAGGAGGACCAUUGUUAGUACAGCAUCCACAAUACCCAUGCAUGCACAUUAUUGUGGGCAUUACGUCGACCGGUGUUAGCGGUUGUGCGACGCCAGAUGUGCCCUCAUUUUAUACGCGCGUUAAAAAUUAUUUGAACUGGAUUGAUUCAUAUGUACAUUGA